AUGUUCAAGGGAGGUAACUCAUCAGAGAAUCCUUCAGACUUGUUCAAAGUGAUGAGCGUUGAUCCUUCGAGGACGUCGGACAUCGAGCUUAUAAAAGCAGGAGAGUCUGGCGAACCAAAAGAUUCACAAAUAUUGAAGAAGGGAACUAGCAUUCAGGUUCCGAUCGUUUUAAUCAAGAGAUUGUCGCCUCAAGAUCGUGUUAAGGCUGAGGAGUUUAUCAAUAAGAAAACUAGAGUAAUCAAUAACCUAAUUGUCCCUUAUGAAGAUGAUGUUGAGAUCAAGACACCCAAUCUUGAGUUUAUUGACUAUUCUGCUCUUCUCUCCGAUGGUUCUGAUGUUGAUUAUCUGGAUUCGCUUGCCGAAGCUAGACUGGAUCUUCGAUUGUGGGAGUUACCUACCACAGGUGAUUUUGGUGAUAUUACAAAUCUUGUUGCGGCGAUAAGAAAUGUCAAGACCCUUCACCUCUCUCCCGGUUCUCUUGAGGCGUUUUACUACUGCUGUUAUACCAUGCCGGUCUUCGACAAACUCCUUCAUCUAUCUAUUGAGAGCGACAAGGAAAACGGUUGGCAGGCAUUGCCUCGUCUGCUUUUGAAAUCUCCAAAUCUACAAACUCUAGUUAUAAAGGGUCUUGUGCACAAAGUUACUUAUAGAUGUGGAAGUGCAUGCGCUUGCACUAUUAAGCCUAAGAAAAAGUACUUGUACAAACGUUAUGAAGAUAGAAGUCCUCCUUCUGAGGUGGAGGGAAGGUGUUGUUUAUCGACAUGUCGAGUCAAAGUGCUAGAGAUUUCAGGCUAUGGAGGAAGUUCUAGAGAGUUGAAACAAAUGGAGCAUUUCUUGGGAAAAUUGAAAUAUCUUGAAACUGUGAAAAUUGGUGUUGAAGAAGACAACAACAGUGAGUACUUGUGCGCCAAUCUUAUGACUCUUGCUAGAGCUUCAUCAAAGUGCAACAUCCAAUUCAUCUGAUUUCUCUCUCACUCUGUCUGUCACUCUCCCCGUCUCCGUUGUUGUUUUGUGGCUGAGAAUUGGUGUGAUGGUAAUGUGGAAACAAGUUAAACAUGGGUUGUUGUUAGUUAUAAGUUUUGCGUAAAUGUUUUGUUUGGUGGAUUUUGAUUUUGGUAAAUCUUAAUUGUCAAACUAAUCUCUCAUAUUUCAGAAUUCCUUCAAACACUCUUA